UGUUAAUGUUUGCAAAAUAAAAACGUGAUUUUCUGUGCACGAAUUUUAUAAUAUUUCCAUUACAGAAAGUCUAUCUACAGCUAAAAUGAAUAUAGUGGUAGGAACAUACGAAGAACUCAUAUUGGGUUAUAAAUUGAUAAACUCUGAAGAGACAUAUAAAAUAGAACAGACAUUUACAGAUCAUUCUCAUCUGGGAUGCAUCAAGUCAGCAGGAAUAUCUAGGAAGAAUGUCUUAGCUACUGGAAGUACAGAUGAAACCAUCAGGUUGUUUAAUCUACAGAAACAAACUGAACUGGGAACACUGAUGCAUCAUUCAGGUAACGUCUCUAAAGGUACUGUAACUCAGAUAACCUUUCAUCAAGAUAGUCAUAUGUUUAGUACAAGUGAAGAUGGUACUAUGUGUGUUUGGAAGAAUUAUUCUUGGGAAUGUUUACGUCAAUUCAGAGGACACAAGGGUGCAGUAAACAGUGUCUCAGUACAUCCCAGUGGUAAAUUAGCUAUAACAGUGAGUAAAGAUAAAACAUUAAGAACAUGGAACUUAAUAACUGGUAGACAUGCUUAUAUUAGUAAUAUUAAAGAGAUUGCCGAUAAUGUUUUAUGGUCUCCUGAUGGAAAUCAUUAUGCUGUUAGUAUUUACAAUAAAAUUCACAUUUAUAAAAUGGAGGAUGCUGCCAUUCAUUGUACCAUAGAAUCAGAGAAGAGAAUCAAUAACAUAGUCUUUAUAAAUAAUAAUGUAAUAUCCUAUGGCGGGGAAGGAGGACAGGUGUUUUUACAUGAUUUUACUACAGAUAAACAAGUCACAUCUUUACAGUUAAAAUGCACCAGAAUAAAAGGUCUUUGCUGUUCAUAUUUUGAUGAUAACAUACCUUUAUUAAUAAUAGCAGCAAGUGAUGGUAAUAUCUGGGUUUUUAAAAUACAAAUAGAUCAGGAACAGUAUGAGAAAGUUGUAGAACAUGACACAAAGUUUCGUAUCACAUGUCUAGCUGUAACACCUCCUCUUCCCACCAAAAAACACAUGAAAUCUGAAGAGACAUUAGUUUUAGAACAAAUUGAAGAUAAUACCAAUGAUAAAGAUAAUUCAGAUGAAAAGGAGGACCCUGAUAGCGAAGAUUCAGAUAGUGAUGAACCAGAACAACGUCCUGAAAACCAUAAAACCAUAAAAAGGAAACUUACAGAAAAGAAUGAUGUUAAUCCUGAAGCAUCAGUUAAUGUAAAACAGAAAAUCAAAUAGAAAAAAAAAUCCUAAAAAGU